AUGUCGAUGGAGUCGGAUUUGAACCAAUCGAAGACUUCUUCAUGGAAGAUGCGCUCUAUGUCGAUCGAGGCAGCCUACGCACUGGCGACCAUAGACGCGGCCAGGCCGCCGCGGCCAUGGUCGCCGGUGCGUAGGCAAGCGCGACAUGCGGACGGCCGAAAAAUUGGAGUCGGCUUCCAAGGCAGGGAUAUUUUGAAAUCUGUCGAGGAGGGA